UCUUUGCUCAGUCUCUUCCGGGGCACUGAGUGAUCCGGCCGGCAGCAGCUCCGCUCUCAGUCACCUACCUGCGGCUGCUGGAGCGGGAGUUGCAGGGCGCUGCGGUGUAUACAGGAGGACGUGUGACAUAGAAGCCCUAGAGUAAGAUCCAGUCAACAUGUCGGGCAUCCUAAGAUCAGUAGCUACUAGCUGCUCAAGUCCCCUGUUCAGCAGUGUCAUAUCCCUGAAAGUCCAGACUGUGAAGACACCAUGCCUGCGGAUGUUUCAAACCCACCGGGUCCUCUGGUGCCAGCAGCCAAUCAAAUCAGGAAUCCCAUACAAACAGCUGACUGUGGGCGUCCCCAAGGAGAUUUUCCAGAAUGAGAAGAGGGUGGCGUUGUCACCGGCUGGGGUCCAGGCUCUGGUUAAACAAGGCUUCAAUGUCUUGGUGGAAUCUGGAGCUGGCGAAUCCUCCAAGUUCUCUGAUGACCAGUACAAAGAGGCCGGUGCCAAAAUCAACAGCGCUAAAGAAGUUUUGGCCUCGGACCUGGUUGUAAAAGUACGAGCACCGAUGCUGAACCCGCUUCUGGGAGCACAUGAAGCAGACCUCUUUAAACCUUCCUCUACCCUCAUCAGCUUUAUUUACCCUGCACAAAACCCCGAUCUGCUGAGCAAACUUUCCGAGAAGAAAACAACUGUGUUGGCCAUGGACCAAGUGCCACGUGUAACCAUCGCACAGGGAUAUGAUGCUCUGAGCUCUAUGGCAAACAUUGCAGGUUACAAAGCUGUUGUUCUGGCCGCAAACAACUUUGGACGUUUUUUCACUGGACAAAUCACAGCAGCAGGCAAGGUCCCACCAGCCAAGGUUCUUAUUAUUGGAGGCGGUGUCGCUGGCCUGGCUGCUGCAGGAGCCGCUAAGUCUAUGGGAGCAAUCGUCCGUGGAUUUGACACCAGGGCUGCGGCUCUGGAGCAGUUUAAGUCUCUUGGGGCGGAACCUCUGGAGGUGGAUUUGAAGGAAUCCGGAGAAGGAACUGGUGGUUAUGCCAAGGAAAUGUCCAAGGAGUUUAUCGACGCUGAGAUGAAGCUUUUUACCAAACAGUGCCAGGAUGUGGACAUCAUCAUCACCACUGCCCUCAUUCCUGGUAGAAGAGCGCCCAUUUUGUUCCGUAAAGACAUGAUUGAAUUGAUGAAGGAAGGUUCAGUUGUGGUUGAUCUGGCGUCAGAGGCCGGAGGAAACAUUGAAACCACCAAACCAGGGGAACUGUAUGUCCAUAAGGGAGUGACGCACAUCGGCUACACAGAUUUUCCUAGCCGCAUGGCUACACAAGCGAGCACACUGUACUCAAACAACAUUACCAAACUGCUGAAGGCAAUCAGUCCAGAUAAAGACAACUUCUACUAUGAUUUAAAAGACCAGUUUGAUUAUGGAACCAUGGGCCAUGUGAUUAGAGGAACAGUGGUCAUGAAGGAUGGAAAAAACAUCUUCCCAGCGCCACCUCCUAACAACAUCCCAGUAGCACCAGUCGCCGUGAAAGUGAAAUCUGUGGCUGAGUUGGCAGCUGAAAAGGCAGCAGCCAUUUCCCCUUUUAGGAAAACCAUGACGAACGCCACCGCGUACACUGCCGGCCUUGGCACCCUCUUAGGCCUGGGCAUCGCCUCUCCUCAUUCUGCAUUCACUCAGAUGGUGACUACGUUUGGUCUGGCUGGGAUCGUGGGCUAUCACACCGUGUGGGGUGUCACCCCUGCUCUACACUCCCCGCUUAUGUCUGUAACAAAUGCCAUCUCAGGUCUGACAGCUGUUGGAGGACUUGCCCUCAUGGGCGGUAGUUACCUCCCCUCCAGCACCGCUGAAGGUCUUGCUGUCCUUGCAGCAUUUGUGUCUUCCAUCAACAUUGCCGGUGGUUUCCUGGUGACGCAGAGAAUGCUGGACAUGUUCAAACGGCCUACCGACCCCCCAGAGUAUAACUACCUGUACUUACUCCCUGGAGGCGUGUUUGUGGGGGGAUACGGGGCUUCCCUUCUAAGUGGAUAUAACAUUGAGCAGAUGAUAUACCUGGGCUCUGGUCUUUGCUGUGUUGGUGCCCUGGCUGGCCUGUCCACACAAGGCACUGCGCGUCUCGGUAACACGCUGGGUAUGAUGGGAGUUGCUGGAGGGAUAGCCGCCACCUUGGGUGCCCUCAAGCCAAGUCCCGAGUUGCUGGCGCAGAUGUCAGGAGCAAUGGCACUUGGUGGCACUAUGGGUCUUACCAUUGCCAAGCGUAUCCAGAUCUCCGACCUACCUCAGCUUGUGGCUGCUUUCCACAGUCUGGUGGGUCUGGCGGCUGUCCUCACCUGUGUGGCUGAAUACAUGAUUGAGUACCCACACUUUGCAACAGACCCCGCAGCCAACCUCACUAAGAUCAUUGCUUAUCUGGGGACAUACAUUGGCGGCGUCACUUUCAGCGGCUCUCUCAUCGCCUAUGGGAAACUACAGGGAGUCCUGAACUCUGCCCCUCUCCUUCUGCCGGGAAGACACGCUCUAAAUGCUGGAUUACUCGCAGCCAGUGUCGGUGGGAUGAUCCCGUACAUGCUGGACCCAAGUUACACAACUGGCAUUGCGUGCCUAGGCUCCGUCUCUGCCCUCUCUGCUGUUAUGGGCGUUACCCUAACAGCGGCCAUCGGAGGGGCUGACAUGCCAGUUGUCAUCACAGUGUUAAACAGUUACUCUGGCUGGGCCCUGUGUGCCGAGGGAUUCCUGCUGAACAACAACUUGCUGACCAUUGUUGGAGCUCUCAUCGGAUCCUCCGGAGCAAUCCUGUCCUACAUCAUGUGUGUGGCCAUGAACAGAUCCCUUGCUAAUGUGAUCCUCGGGGGAUACGGAACUACAUCUACUGCAGGGGGCAAGCCUAUGGAGAUCACUGGUACCCACACAGAAAUAAAUCUGGAAAAUGCAGUGGAAUUGAUAAAGGAUGCAAAUAACAUCAUCAUUACACCAGGUUAUGGCCUGUGUGCUGCCAAAGCUCAGUACCCCAUCGCAGAUUUAGUGAAGAUGCUGGCAGAACAUGGCAAACACGUCAGGUUUGGUAUCCACCCGGUAGCAGGACGUAUGCCCGGUCAACUGAACGUACUUUUGGCUGAAGCAGGUGUUCCGUACGAUAUUGUGCUGGAGAUGGAUGAGAUCAAUGAAGAUUUCCCAGAAACUGAUCUGGUCCUUGUGAUUGGUGCCAAUGACACAGUCAACUCCGCUGCUCAAGAGGAUCCCAAUUCUAUAAUUGCUGGUAUGCCCGUUCUGGAGGUGUGGAAAGCUAAACAGGUUAUUGUAAUGAAGAGGUCUCUUGGUGUUGGAUACGCUGCUGUUGACAACCCCAUCUUCUACAAACCCAACACUAAUAUGCUGUUAGGAGAUGCCAAGAAGACCUGUGAUGCUCUGCAGUCUAAAGUGCGGGAGGCCUUGCACAACUAGAGGCCCCUAGUGGAUUUUAUACAAACACUCUCUACUGGCCAGUGUUGCCCGUUUUGAAAUAAAACCCAAUUUUUAUGCUAGAACUUGUUCGCUUUAAAGGAAGACCGGUAUUACGUGGCUGAAACAAACAGAAUAUGGGACCUGGUAUUAUGAGCCGUUGAUGCCAGUUUUUGCAUGAGCCUGUUCAAAAGAAGAAUACUGUACAUGAAAGCAAUUAAUGUUUUAUAUAUUUCUAAGUAACUGUAGCAUACGGCCUUUCUUAACAAUUACAAUGCAUUGAAGUUUUAUAAUGUGAAGUUUAGAGACCUUAUUUUGUUACCCUCCUGAUCUCAGUGAGUUCUGCAUUUUGACUGAAAUGGUCCCAGUAAUGUAUUCAGUGACACAAGAAGUUUCCAAUCUGUUGGGGAUAUUGGUUCUAGCUUCUCACAAACCAGUUUGUAACCAGCUGGAGCACUGGAAAGUUGACUGGGCUAAGACAAAACUGUAGCCAAUUGCAGCAUUGACUCAAUUAAGCUUUGGAACAUUCAAAGAGUGGCCACCAAGUUGUAGCUCAUCGAUGCGUUAGAUUGUUCAAGGGCUAGAUCAACGUGUAGCCAAUCAGAACAUUGCAAACUUUACGGCGGAGCUGCGGCCAAUCGAUUUGCUCCUAAGUUUUACCUAUACGAUGACACAGCUUCCAUGUAGGUAAUUCUUCAUGGUGCACCAUAUGUUGAAUAAUGUUGAAAUAAACAAAGCUGUUUUCAUGAAGAAAUAGAUGCUAAUUAAAAAAAAAAAGGCACAUUUUUAGGUGAACUUUUUUACAUUUUCAAUGAUAAAUAUACAUGAACCCAGCACACGCAAUCCUGUUUAAUCUAAUUAAUUUAAGUAAUUUAUCCUAUAAUGCCAAAAGUCUAGAGACUUAUCCAGACUGUUACGGUGACGAUCAAAAGUCCGUUUAAUAACCAAUGUUGUUGCCAGUUAGUGUUAACGGGGGAAUGGCCCAACUUGUAGCUAACGGAGCAUUGCAACAACGAAGACUUGCAGUCAAGUAGAGCAUAACAAUAUUCAGAGGUUUACACUAUCCAGCCAAUCCAAGCAUUAGAUAAUGCACGCAAAGGGUAAUGCUGCCAGCUGUCAAAGAAACCGUAAUACAAAUUGUGUGAAAUAUGCUAGCAUAACAUCCAUGCACCCCACUUCUAACACCAAUAUAUUAUGUUCUGACUGUAUUAUUGUGGUAUGUUGUAACAAAGUAGUAUUUUUGUUAAUUUCUGACAGCAUUGUGAACAUUACAGAAGGACUAGUUUGUGGCAUGCACUUGAAGAAUAGAACGAACUGUUCUUUAUUGCAUAUGUAUAGAGAAUGUAACUAUAGAACCACUGUAGGUACAAGCUGAAUACUGCGUAUUAAAGGGAUAAGCUAGCAACACAAACUACUUCUCUAAAGUUGAGAUUGAACUCGAAAGCAAUCAUCUAUACAGAAUUCUUUGCAUUAAUCACUAAUUGGGUGUCACUGGAUUUGUGUUGAUAAAGGACUUAACUUGACCAUAAACUAUACCAUUAAUCACUUUAAAUUUUUUUUUUUUUACUAAACAUCCAUAUCAAGUUUGUCAUGUUAACACUAUCUAAUGUUGAAGCAGCUUUUAGUAAUAAGAUACAGAACGUUUCGCACCUCACCUGCUGCCUUAGAAAGAGUAACCUUACCGAAAUGAAACAAAACGAUUCAUAGGAUAUAGAUAUAUAUAUAUAUAUACACAUACAUGUAUAUGUUUGUUCAGUAAGAUGCUAGCCUGAAACCAUGGCAUCAUGAUUGCUCUCAGGUAACCAUCUGUAGAGAAGGAAACAGACAACAACACGCAAGGCCGUGUAACAUUAUGUGGUCGACUGGUCACGUGCAGUUCUUAAAAUUUCCACAUCUCAGGUUAUCUUCUAGCACUAUCCAUGGAUUGGAAAAUAAAUAUAUAUAUAUAUAUAUAUAUAUAUAUAUAUAUAUAUGGGGAGAGUCUUUAUUAAGAUUUAAGGGCUGCAGGUAAUCUAUGUGACACUGCAGACUGUGCCUCUUUGACGUCCCUAGGAAAUACCGCGGGGCAGUGAUUAUGCCAUUUCCCCCAUGACAGGCUGUGUUCUCACAUAUUUUAGCUCAGCCCACAAAAUGGACGCCUUUUUUUCAUGUGGGCAACAGGUGCCAUUUUAAAGGCAUUUCUCUUCCAGUUCUUGUCAUUGUUCUCCACAGCGACAGAUGAUAGAACAGGAUUGGUGGUUUUUAUGUAGAUUCUUAUGUUCAGACCUCAUCAGCUGUAAACGCAUUUUGUCUCCAUGUUUUCUGACUGAUGUCAUUUGUGUCGGUCAUCUCCCAGUUUGUUUCAGAACAUAAAACACAUUAACCUUUUGGCUUUGUGUAUAACAUUAGGAGUUUUCCUUUUGAAGUGAUACAGGUUCCUAUUGGUAGAUGAUGAUGAUAAACUGACGUGACCGUGGCCACACACUUAUUAUUUGUGACGAUUCCUCUAGCACUGAAUAAGUUAAUUCUCAGCUGUACCAUCUUGAAAUCCAUUAAACAAGUUAACUUAAA